CUUUUUAAGGGAGACCACGGUGCGUACUGACAAGAGUUAAGAUUAGUAAUCGCCUUUUUAAUAGAUAAGAUAACUUGUAUUAUAGAGCUGAUUUAAUUUAACGAACUAACAACGAACGAAACCCUAGCGUGUGUAUGCUAAGCUCUGACAGCCUUCACGUGUGUGUAAUAUAGUGCCGAAACGCCAGUCCGAAAGUCAACAAUAGAAAUAACUGCAACAAGUGGAAGAGUUUAUAAAUUAAUAAUUACAAAAACUAUUUACAAAAACACGACAACAACAACAACAAAAUAAGAGCCCAUCAGGGUUGUGCACGCAAUAAGGCUUUAAACUGGAGAGUUGGGAUAGUGAUUUCGACAGCUUCGACGAUUUCGCAAUGGAUUUUUGGGGAAUAUUCAUGUUUUUCCUGUUAACGUUCCUCAUAAUGAGCUGUUGCGGCUACUGCUGUACGAGCAAACGUCGAGGCACUGUACUCUCAACGCCCGUUGUGGUUACGUCGGCCACGCACACAGCUCCUGGCGGCUAUCCAGUUACACAGAUACCAGCCACAACCUAUCAACCGAACACCUAUGGAGCACCCUAUCCCGCCCAGACCACAGGCAAUGUGACCGUACAGAUGCCCAUGGGCAUGCCCAUGCCCGGAGCGCAGCCACCAAUGCCUGGCAUGCCACCGCAUGUGCCAGCAGGAGUAUAUCCGCCCAUGAUGCAACCGGGUGCCGGUGCUGCCAACAUGGCACCGCCUUCAUAUGACACAGCCAUGGCCAAUCCGGGGCCGAGCGUUAUGCCCGGUACUUAUGAGAAGCAAAUGCCAUAUAAUCCCAACUAUGCUCAAUAGGAAUCGUCUGACCAAAGUUUCUUUCUGGACAAUUGUAAAUCAUCGAUUCUGUUGAAAUGAAUGAAUUUUUCUCUUUAUCGCGAUCAUUUCUGAGUUGUUAAUAGCUCACACACUUACGUUACAUAUAUACGCUUUAGCAUUGCUUUUAAUGAUUAGCUAUAGUUAUAUAUAUAUAUAUAGAUUUGAAGUUACCAA